AUGAAGGAAGCAAUUAUCCGCGCCGGCCCUAAGGUCGAGAUCGUCGACUCGCCUGUUCCCAAGGCCGAGAAGGGUCAGGUUGUCAUCAAGGUCGUCUACUCUGGUAGCAACCCCAAGGACUGGAAGUACCCUGAUAUGACAAAGAAGGGCGAGCUCAAUCAAGGCGACGACAUUGCUGGCACUGUUCACGAGGUCGGUGCAGGAGUCUCGGAGUUCAAGAAGGGCGAUCGUGUCAUUGCCUUCCAUCAGAUGCUGGCACCUGGUGGCUCCUACGCCGAGUACGCUGUUGCUUGGGCCCACACCACUGCCUACCUCCCCGAGCACGUCUCUUUCCAGGAGGGUGCUGCUCUGCCUCUUGCUUCUCUGACUUCUGCCCUGGGUCUCUACGAGCGUCUGAGACUGCCUCAGCCCUGGACCGCUCGCAAGGACGAUGAGAAGCCCAUUCCUCUGGUCAUCUACGGAGCUUCGUCCUCCAUCGGUUACUACGCUACCCAACUUGCAGUCCGCUCAAAUAUUCACCCUAUCAUCGGUGUCGCUGGUCGCGCCAGAUCACACGUCGAGAAGCUUCUCGACCCCAGCAAGGGCGAUACCAUCGUCGAUUACCGCGACGGCGAUGAGGCCGUGCAGAAGGGCAUCAAGGAGGCACUCAAGGGUGCUGAGCUCCACCACUGCUUCGAUGGUGUCUCGGAGAAGGGAUCAUACCAGAACGUGGCUGCAGUCAUGUCAGAGGGUGGCCACAUCACUUUGGUUCUUCCGGGCAAGGACUUCUCAGACUGCCCUCAGCACGUCAAGCAGUCCAUCACUAUGGUUGGAGACGUCCACGGAGACCACAAGGACUUUGGCUCUGUCUACUUCCGCUACAUUGCCAAGGGUGUUGAUGAGGGUUGGUUCAAGGCUCAGCCUCAGGAGGAGAUCGCUGGCGGUCUCGAGGGUGUGCAGGAGGGUCUUUCCAACUUGAAGUCGGGCAAGGCUUCGGCCGUCAAGUAUGUCUUCAAGAUCGCUGACACUCCCGGUGCUGGCCAGUCGUAA